AUGGACGCACCUCGGUCAUCCUCGCGCCCGAGACCCUCAUCCAGGCCCACAACCCCUCUACGCCCAAGCUCGCGAUCUUCACUACGAGAAGCACACGGAUAUGGAAAUAGCAUUGGAAAUGCAGGAUACACACAACCUGCCAUCAAUGCCUUGGAGCCGCAGUUCGCCGAGCUGGCCGAUUCGAUGGCAGAUCUCGAGGCCAACUUCAUGCACUUGCAGUUGAUGCACGAGAGCCUGACGCGCUUCAGUGAGAGUUUUGCCAGUUUCCUCUACGGAUUGAAUAUGAAUGCAUUCUGUGUGGAUUUUCCAGAGGCUCCGAUUCCGGACUCGUUCAAAAAAGCCAACCAGGAUGAAGAAGAAGAAAAAGGCCAUCCAGAGAUGGAAUCAGAACGAACACGAGCGCUUGAUGACGGCGAAAUGACUUUUAUGACUACGGACACGACUUUUGUUGAGAAUCCCCCGAGCACCACCUCCUCCUCUAGACCGACGUCCAAGUAUGCUGCGGGCUCAAGGGGAACGUCGCGUGGCACUGCUCGUGGUACAGCAAGCAGCCGGUAUACUACACGAGGCACUGCGCGCGGUGGGCGUGCUAGCGCACUGCCUCGGGGCAGAGGGACUGGGACUCGGUAA